GGAAGUUCUCUCGGCGCCCCGGAUGCGCCUGGGCGGCGGUGGUUGCCAGGCGACGGGAGCUUCUCUGAUCCAAAGGUGCUCGCGAAUGGAGGUGUAGAACCCGUUUAUAUAUUGCGGCCCUUGAGCGCUGCGGGUCGUCUUCUUUGAGUUCCCACGAUGUUCUUCUACCUGAGCAAGAAAAUUGCUGUUCCCAAUAAUGUGAAGCUGAAAUGUAUAUCCUGGAACAAGGACCAAGGGUUCAUAGCAUGUGGUGGUGAAGAUGGAUUACUGAAAGUUUUGAGAUUAGAGACACAGACAGAUGACUCAAAAUUGAGGGGUCUAGCAGCCCCUAGUAACCUUUCCAUGAACCAGAAUCUUGAAGGUCAUAGUGGUGCUGUUCAAGUUGUAACAUGGAAUGAACAGUAUCAGAAGUUGACAACCAGUGAUCAAAAUGGGCUUAUUAUUGUUUGGAUGUUGUAUAAAGGCUCUUGGUAUGAGGAGAUGAUCAACAAUCGCAACAAGUCCGUGGUUCGAAGCAUGAGCUGGAAUGCUGACGGACAGAAGAUCUGCAUAGUGUAUGAGGAUGGAGCUGUGAUCGUGGGCUCGGUGGACGGGAAUCGGAUUUGGGGAAAAGACCUGAAGGGAAUACAGCUGUGCCAUGUAACCUGGUCUGCAGAUAGUAAAAUCUUACUUUUUGGAAUGGCAAAUGGAGAAAUACAUAUUUAUGAUAAUCAAGGAAAUUUUAUAAUGAAAAUGAAACUGAAUUGCUUGGUGAAUGUCACUGGAGCGAUCAGUAUCGCUGGGAUUCACUGGUACCAUGGUACAGAAGGUUACGUGGAGCCCGAUUGCCCAUGCCUGGCAAUUUGCUUUGACAAUGGACGAUGCCAAAUAAUGAGACACGAGAAUGACCAAAACCCGAUUUUGAUCGAUACGGGCAUGUAUGUGGUUGGUAUCCAAUGGAACCACAUUGGCAGUGUGCUAGCUGUGGCAGGCUCCCAGAAAGUAGUCACUCAGGACAAGGAUGUCAACAUUGUGCAGUUUUACACACCAUUUGGUGAGCAUCUAGGUACUUUGAAAGUUCCAGGAAAGCAGAUGUGCUCACUGUCUUGGGAAGGAGGUGGACUGAAGAUUGCUUUAGCUGUUGACUCCUUUAUAUAUUUUGCAAAUAUUCGACCUGAUUAUAAGUGGGGCUAUUGUUCCAACACUGUGGUUUAUGCAUAUACCAGGCCUGAUCGUCCUGAGUACUGUGUUGUCUUCUGGGACACAAAAAACAAUGAGAAAUUCGUCAAAUAUGUGAAGAGUCUCAUUUCCAUCACCACCUGUGGUGAUUUCUGCAUUUUGGCUACAAAAGCUGAUGAAAAUCACCCUCAGGAGGAGAACGAGAUGGAGACAUUUGGUGCAACGUUUGUGCUAGUUCUUUGCAAUUCUAUUGGCACACCCUUGGACCCCAAAUACAUUGACCUUGUACCGUUAUUUGUUGCAAUGACCAAAACCCAUGUGAUAGCAGCUUCAAAAGAAGCAUUUUAUACCUGGCAAUAUCGUGUGGCAAAGAAGCUCACAGCUCUGGAGAUCAAUCAGAUCACACGGUCUCGAAAAGAAGGGAGAGAAAGAAUUUAUCAUGUUGAUGAUGUUCCUUCCGGCUCUGUGGAUGGGGUGUUCGAUUAUAGUAAAGCCAUUCAAGGUACAAGGGAUCCAAUUUGUGCCAUUACUGCAUCUGAUAAAACAUUGAUUGUGGGCCGUGAAUCUGGCAUCAUCCAGAGGUACAGCUUUCCUAAUGUUGCUUUGAUUCAAAAGUAUUCGCUGGAUUGCCGAGCCUGCCAGUUAUCUCUGAACUGCAAUUCUAGUCGUCUUGCUAUCAUUGACAUCGCGGGAGUCUUGACUUUCUUUGACUUGGAUACUCGGGUGACAGACAGUACAGGGCAGCAAGUAGUCGGCGAGUUGUUAAAAUUGGAGCGCAAAGAUGUCUGGGAUAUGAAGUGGGCCAAAGAUAAUCCCGAUUUGUUUGCAAUGAUGGAGAAGACAAGAAUGUAUGUUUUCAGAAACUUGGAUCCUGAGGAGCCCAUUCAGACCUCUGGAUAUAUUUGCAACUUUGAAGAUUUAGAAAUUAAAUCUGUUCUUUUGGAUGAGAUACUGAAGAACCCAGAGCACCCUAGCAAGGAUUAUAUAAUGAACUUUGAGAUCCGGUCCCUGCGAGAUAGUCGAGCAUUGAUUGAGAAGGUUGGAAUUGAAGAUGCAUCGCAAUUCAUUGAGGACAAUCCACACCCCCGACUUUGGCGUCUGCUGGCCGAAGCUGCCCUCCAGAAGCUGGACUUGUACACUGCACAGCAAGCGUUUGUGCGCUGCAAGGACUACCAAGGCAUCAAAUUUGUGAAGCGCCUGGGCAAUCUGCAGAGCGAGUCCAUGAAGCAGGCGGAAGUUAUUGCCUACUUCGGCAGGUUUGAAGAGGCUGAAAGAAUGUAUCUAGAUAUGGACAGAAGAGACCUCGCUAUUGGGCUGAGGCUGAAAUUGGGGGAUUGGUUCAGAGUACUUCAACUCCUAAAAACUGGAUCUGGUGAUGCAGACGACAGUCUCCUUGAACAAGCCCACAAUGCCAUUGGAGACUACUUUGCUGAUCGACAGAAGUGGCUGAAUGCAGUACAAUAUUAUGUAAAAGGCAGGAACCAAGAGCGCCUAGCUGAAUGCUAUUAUAUGCUAGAAGAUUAUGAGGGCUUAGAGAAUCUUGCCAACUCACUUCCAGAAAACCACAAGUUGCUUCCAGAAAUAGCCCGGAUGUUUGUGAGAGUUGGUAUGUGUGAACAAGCUGUGAGUGCAUUCUUGAAGUGCAACCAACCAAAGUCAGCAGUGGACACCUGCGUGCACCUCAACCAAUGGAACAAAGCUGUCGAACUGGCUAAAAGUCAUAGCAUGAAGGAAAUUGGAUCUCUCUUAGCUAGGUACGCGUCACAUUUACUAGAGAAGAACAAGACUCUUGAUGCCAUUGAACUCUAUAGGAAAGCCAGCUACUUUUUUGAUGCAGCUAAAUUGAUGUAUAAGAUUGCAGACGAGGAGGCGAAGAAGAGAACGAAGCCGCUGCGCGUGAAGAAGCUCUACGUCCUGUCCGCCUUGCUCAUUGAGCAGUAUCACGAGCAGAUGAAGAAUGCACAGCGGGGGAAAGUAAAAGGGAAGAGUUCAGAGGCCACGUCCGCUCUGGCUGGCUUGCUGGAAGAGGAAGUUCUCUCUACAUCUAGUCGGUUCACUGAUAAUGCGUGGAGAGGAGCAGAGGCCUACCAUUUCUUCAUACUUGCCCAGCGGCAGCUCUAUGAGGGAUAUGUUGACACUGCGUUGAAGACAGCUCUUCAUCUGAGAGACUAUGAAGACAUCAUUCCCUCGGUUGAGAUCUACUCUUUGUUGGCCCUCUGUGCUUGUGCAAGUAGAGCUUUUGGUACCUGUUCAAAAGCUUUCAUUAAACUGGAAUCUUUGGAGACACUCACUAUAGAACAGAAGCAGCAGUAUGAAGACCUGGCUCUGGAAAUCUUCACCAAACACACACCAAAGGACAACAGGAAGUCUGAGUUGAACAGCCUUCUUGAAGGUGGAGAAGGAAAGCUGCCAACAUGCAUUGCCACUGGAAGCCCAAUCAUUGAGUAUCAAUUCUGGGUGUGCAAAGUCUGCAAACACUAUGUUCUGGCUCAGGAGAUCAGUAAUUACAACUUCUGUCCUUUAUGCCACAGUUCGGUAGAAUAAAAAAAGGAAAGAACUGUCUUAAUUGUAAAUUAUAUGAAGCACAUGUACUUAUCUGCACCUGUCUAUGUAAUAAUGCUUGAUUUCCUUAGGUUUCAUAUGAAAAUCAACUAUAAUCUUGUAGUUGUAUUUUUUGUAUAAAAUAUAUAGUAAAAGAUAAAGAGAGGGUUGGAAUGUAGCUCAGUGGUAGAGUGCUUUCCAAGCAUGCACAAGGUUCUGGGUCCAUUGUCAGUACUAAAAAAAAAAAAAAAGACUCGUACAUCACAGUGAAACUAUGAGAUAAUCUGACUAAUUGUCACAUAAGACUUACAGAUGUGAAAUUUAUUUUUUUUGUAGUUCCUGUCUGUCCAUUUCUCAUUUAUAUAGCUUAUAGUUUGUGUCAAGUUACCACAGAAAUAUUUCCAACCAGAAAUAUUUUUCUCAUCUUGUCAGUGUUACUAGUUCAUUAGAGACCCUUGAGAGGUGGGUAGGGAUGGAGAAGGCAAGGGAGGGGACGGACUUGAAGCAGAGAGUUGGUAUAACCUGUAUUGCACUGAGGUUAAGGCAACUGUUGUAUGAAGUGAGCUCUAUUUUUAUUUAAGGCUGAAACGCUUCUAUAUUUUAUUUUCAUAAAUGAGGAGAUGGCAUUUUAAGAUAUUUUAUUAUAUUAUGCAAGGUUUUAAAAAAUAUCCUCAUUCAAAAGGACAUAUUUGUUACCCAUUUUUCUUAUAAUAAACAUGAGUUAACUGA